AAAGUUUUUUUUUUGUUUUAAAAUUUUUAAAACAAAACGUGCAAUUUAAAGCGAUUAAUAGUGAAAAAAAAAUAUCAAAAACAUCGUCAUCAACAUUUGUUUUUUUGAUUCAAUCAUCAUCGUUGUUACCGGUUUUCUAUUACAUAUGAAUUUGAUUGGCCGUUUAAAGCAAUUUUUUUGAAUUGAUUUUCUAAAAAGAAAGAAUCGGUUGAUCGAUUCCGAUCAUCAAAAAAAAACGAAACGACAAGAUGGGUUCAUUAUUACGUUCGGAAGAAAUGAAAUUCUGUCAGAUGUUAUUACAAUCUGAAACAGCAUAUAAUUGUAUAUCAGAAUUAGGUGAACUUGGUCUUUGCCAAUUUCGUGAUGUUAAUCCAAAUGUUAAUGCUUUCCAAAGAAAAUUUGUUAAUGAAAUACGUCGUUGUGAUGAAAUGGAACGUAAAUUACGUUAUCUGGAAAAAGAAAUAAGCAAAGAUGGUAUCGAAAUAUUAAUGAUUGGUGAUCCACCGGAAGCACCACAACCAAGAGAAAUGAUCGAUUUAGAGGCAACAUUUGAAAAAUUGGAAAAUGAACUGAAAGAAGUGAAUGCAAAUGCUGAAGCAUUGAAGAAAACAUUUUUAGAAUUGACCGAAUUGAAACAUAUUCUGAAACAAACACAACAAUUUUUUGAUGAGGUUGAUCAUAUGCAGAUGCACGAUACAAGUAUGGGCGAUGAUAAUGUACAUCUAUUGGGUGAUGAAGGAUUACGUGCCGGUGGACAACAACCAUUGAAACUUGGGUUUGUUGCUGGUGUUAUAUUACGUGAACGUUUACCUGGUUUUGAACGUAUGUUAUGGCGUACAUGUCAUGGAAAUGUAUUUCUUAAACAAGCAUCAAUCGAUACACCAUUGGAAGAUCCACAUACUGGUGAUAAUGUUUAUAAAUCGGUUUUUAUCAUCUUUUUUCAAGGUGAACAAUUGCAAACUAAAGUGAAGAAAAUUUGUGAAGGUUUUCGUGCAACAUUGUAUCCAUGUCCUGAACGUGUGACUGAUCGUCGUGAAAUGAUUACUGGUGUUAUGUCACGUAUCGAAGAUCUCAAUACUGUACUAUCACAAACACAAGAACAUCGUUAUCGUGUUCUAAUGGCUGCUGCUAAAAAUGUUCGUAAUUGGUUUAUAAAAGUUAGAAAAAUCAAAGCAAUUUAUUACAUAUUGAAUAUCUGUAAUCUUGAUGUUACAACUAAAUGUUUGAUUGCUGAAUGUUGGGUACCAACUACCGAUUUUGAACGUGUUUGUCAAGCUGUUCAUAAUGGUUGUUCAAGAUCCGGUUCAACUAUUCCACCUGUUAUAUCACCAAUGGAACCAAAAGAAAUACCACCCACUUAUAAUCGAACAAAUAAAGUUACAGUUGGAUUUCAGAAUAUUGUCGAUUCAUAUGGUGUUGCUACAUAUCGUGAACUAAAUCCUGCACCAUUUACAAUCAUAACGUUUCCAUUUUUAUUUGCUGUCAUGUUUGGCGAUGCUGGUCAUGGCUUAUUAAUGGCUUUAUUUGCAGCAUGGAUGGUAUUGAAAGAACGUAAUCUUCAAUUGCAAAAAAAUCCAAAUGAAAUAUGGUUAAUGUUUUUCAAUGGUCGUUAUAUGAUCUUAUUGAUGGGAUUAUUUUCCAUUUAUACUGGUCUUAUUUAUAAUGAUAUCUUUUCCAAAUCAAUCAAUAUAUUUGGAUCAUCAUGGAUGGGAUAUAAAUUUAAAACUUUUAAAACAGAUUAUGUAACAUUGGAUCCAGGUACACAAUAUAAAGGAAGUCCAUAUCUUCUUGGUAUUGACCCGGUUUGGCAAUUAUCAUCGAAUAAAAUUCUUUUCUUGAAUUCAUUGAAAAUGAAAUUAUCGGUCAUAUUGGGUGUGUCACAAAUGUUUUUCGGUGUUCUACUAAGCUAUUUUAAUCAUCGAUUUUUUGCCAAACAAUUGAACGUAUUGUGUGAAUUUAUUCCGCAAGUUAUAUUUAUGUUAAGCAUAUUUGGCUAUAUGAAUUUAUUGAUCUUAUUUAAAUGGUUGAAGUUUGAUCAUCAUUCUGCUGGAGAUGCACCUUCCAUAUUGAUUAAUAUGAUUAAUAUGUUUCUUAUGAAGUAUGUUGAUGAUGAUCCAACUGCUCCAACAUAUCUAAAAACAUGGUAUGGUGGGCAACGAUUCUUUCAAACAAUAUUACUAUUAUCAGCAUUGAUGUGUGUACCAUGGAUGUUGGCCGUAAAACCAUAUUUGUUGAAAAAACAAAAUGAUUUAAAAUUAUUAUAUCAUCCACCGGGUGAAUCUGAUCAGGUCAUUCAAACAAAUGGUGAAAGUGUAUCCGUACAAAUGGAAAAUGGACCAACUAAACAAUCUGGUGGUGGUGGUCAUGGUGGCCAUGAUGAAACAUUCGAUAUAAGUGAAAUUAUCAUCCAUCAAGCUAUACAUACGAUUGAAUAUUGUUUGGGAGCUAUAUCACAUACAGCAUCCUAUCUACGAUUAUGGGCACUUUCAUUGGCACAUGCACAACUUAGUGAAGUACUUUGGUCAAUGGUAUUCCGUAUUGGUUUACAAGGUGAAGGAAUUAGUGGCGGUAUAUUUAUGUUUGUUGUGUUUGCAUUCUGGGCAUCAUUAACCGUAUCCGUUCUAUUGGUUAUGGAAGGUUUAAGUGCAUUUCUACAUGCAUUACGUUUACAUUGGAUUGAAUUUCAAAGUAAAUUCUACGGUGGUACUGGUUAUGCUUUUUCACCAUUUUCAUUCAAAGAAAUUCUAUUAAAUCCAACCGAAAGUGGUGAUACCGUUUAUAAUUAAUAAAUCACAACCUAUCUAUUACAAACAAUCUAUUCUAUCAUUAUUAUUUGAAAUUAAUUACAAAAAAAAAAUUUUAAGAUUAGUAAAAAAAUUUUUAAAUACUCUCA